AUGAAGUACAUCCAAACUGAUCAAACUCUAGACAUCCCAGAAGGUGUCACUGUGCAAAUCAAGUCCAGAAUCGUCAAGGUUACUGGUCCAAGAGGUACCUUGACCAAGAACUUGAAGCACAUUGAUGUUACUUUCCAAAAGGUUUCUAACAAGCAAAUCAGAAUUACCGUUCACAAUGGUGACAGAAAGCACGUUGCUGCUUUGAGAACCGUGAAAUCUUUGAUUUCUAACUUGAUCACUGGUGUCACCAAGGGUUACAAGUACAAGUUGAGAUACGUUUACGCGCAUUUCCCUAUCAAUGUUAAUGUUAUUGAAAAAGACGGUGCUAAGUUCAUUGAAAUCAGAAACUUCUUGGGUGACAAGAAGGUCAGAGAGGUCCCAGUCAGAGAAGGUGUUUCUGUUGAAUUCUCUACCAACGUUAAGGAUGAAAUUGUUCUAACUGGUAACUCCGUCGAAAACGUUUCCCAAAACGCUGCUGACAUUCAACAAAUCUGUCGUGUCAGAAACAAGGAUAUUCGUAAGUUCUUGGAUGGUAUCUACGUUUCCGAAAAGGGCGUUGUCGUCGAAGAAGAAUAA